AUGACCGACAGAUAUUCUUUUUCGUUGACCACUUUUUCUCCCAGCGGUAAAUUGGGUCAAAUUGAUUACGCCCUGACAGCAGUAAAACAAGGUGUCACCUCAUUGGGUAUAAAAGCUACCAAUGGUGUGGUAAUUGCCACAGAAAAGAAGUCAUCUUCACCACUGGCCAUGUCAGAAACACUUUCGAAAGUAUCCCUACUAACACCAGAUAUCGGCGCAGUAUAUUCCGGUAUGGGUCCUGAUUAUAGAGUUCUAGUGGAUAAAUCAAGAAAGGUAGCACAUACUAGUUAUAAACGUAUUUAUGGUGAAUAUCCUCCCACUAAAUUACUGGUUUCUGAAGUAGCUAAAAUAAUGCAAGAGGCCACACAAUCUGGUGGUGUUAGGCCCUUUGGUGUUUCACUAUUGGUUGCUGGUCACGAUGAAUUUAAUGGAUUUAGUUUAUACCAAGUAGAUCCUUCUGGCUCCUACUUCCCUUGGAAAGCGACUGCUAUAGGAAAAGGUUCUGUGGCGGCAAAAACCUUUUUAGAGAAGAGAUGGAACGAUGAAUUGGAACUAGAAGACGCCAUUCAUAUUGCCUUACUAACGCUGAAGGAGUCGGUAGAGGGCGAAUUCAAUGGCGACACCAUUGAAUUGGCUAUUAUUGGCGAUGAAAAUCCUGACUUGCUAGGCUACACGGGUAUUCCAACCGAUAAGGGGCCUAGAUUUAGGAAAUUAACUUCUCAAGAAAUAAAUGAUAGAUUAGAAGCUUUAUGA